UCUAGUAAUUCACACCCAAAUCUCUUUAUUUAUUGGUUCUCUUCCAUGCACACUUCAGCAAACACCUUAUCCAAAAACACAAGGCUAUAUCCUAUAGUCACCUAUGGAGUAUUUGGCUACCACAUUUUUAUUCUUUUCUCUUCUCAUUACAAACACCCAAGCUUUAAAUCCAUCUUUGUGUUCUCCUUCCAAUUCCGAUGAUACCUCGGAUCUCUCAAUCUUCCACAUUUAUGGCGGGUGCUCGCCAUUCAAGGCCCGAGAAACCGGGCCUUGGGUCAACACCCUCCUUGACAUGGCCUCAAAAGACCGAAAAAGGGUAGCAUUCUUGGAUAGUCUAGCGGCCCGAAAGACUUCCGCGCCAAUUGCUUCGGGCCAACAAGUCCUUAACAUUGGAAAUUUUAUAGUCCGGGCUAAGAUUGGGACUCCGGGCCAACUUAUGUUUAUGGUCAUGGACAAUAGUUUGGACACUGCAUGGGUUCCAUGCUUGGGUUGCCAAGGGUGCACUUCUAGUGGAUUCUCACCCAAUUCUUCCACUACUUACGAGUUGCUUAAUUGCGAUUCAGCAUUAUGUCGCGAAACCCAUGGGCUUCUUUCAUGCCCGACAACAAGCCCUGGCCCGGGCCUAGGGGCUUGUUUGUACAACCAAUCUUACGGUGGAGAUUCAUCUUUUGUUGCAACCCUUUCACAUGAUUCUUUAUCAAUAGACAAAGAUGUGAUCCCUAAUUAUGCUUUUGGGUGUAUUAGUGCAAUCUCAGGUAACUCAAUCCCACCACAAGGCUUAUUGGGCUUAGGCCGUGGGCCUUUAUCUUUAAUCUCUCAAGCCCAAUCUCUUUACAAUGGUACAUUCUCUUAUUGUCUACCUAGCUUCAAAUCCUACUACUUCUCCGGGUCUCUCAAAUUGGGCCUAACGGGCCAGCCCAAAUAUAUUCGCACCACUCCUUUGCUCCAAAACCCUCACCGGCCCUCACUUUAUUAUGUGAACCUAAUAUCAAUAAGUGUAGGCAAAGUUAAAGUACCCAUCCCACAAGAAUACUUCGCAUUCAACCCGUCUACCGGAGUCGGUACCAUUAUUGACUCCGGUACACUCCUAACCCGGUUCGUAGGACCCGCAUAUACUGCGAUCCGGGACGAGUUCAGGAACCAAGUCCAAGGCCCAUUUAACCCAAUUGGUGUAUUUGACACAUGUUUUCCCGUGACCCAUGAGCAAGUGGCCCCCACAAUAACCCUACAUUUUGAAGGGUUAGACUUAAAAUUACCAAUGGAAAAUACUUUGAUUCAUAGUAGUGCUGGAAAUAUGGCUUGCCUUGCAAUGGCAGCAAAUAGUGCAAAUUCAUUGAUUAAUAUUAUUGCAAGUUGGCAACAACAAAACCUUAGGAUUCUUUAUGAUACUACCAAUUCUCGCUUGGGCAUUGCCCGGGAACUCUGUAACUGAUUGAAGUCAACCACUAUAAAAUUACCUCUUGUAUUUUUGUUAAAUGUUCAUAGCUUUUAUGUGGUUUGCUCUAAGUAAUAAGGAGAACUAUGAAGCAAUUAGCAAGGUAGUGGAUACCAUUAGAAGCAUCAAAGUAAUACUUUUUGUAUUUUUUUUUAUUUGAUUUAGUAGUUUGCUUUAAUUAAGAUGAGAUCUUUUUGCACUA